CCAGGCCAUGGUUCACCAGCAAUCCUCACAUUUCCAUUCGAGUGUCCGACUACACCGCAUCCUCCAUCCAAGCGAUUCUCGACGCCACCAACGCCACGGCGCUCUUUUCUUUCCUGCACUCCAAUGAUCCGCGCAGCUACAACACGGCUCAAGAAGCCAUGCUUGCAGCCAGUCGGGCAAGCAAGUCGUGUCGGCGGUUCGUGCCCUCGGACUACGGCGGAGACAUCGACAGAUUUCCCGGUCUGCCACGAUUCUAUGAGCCUACGCACAGAGCGUUCCGCGAGAACAUCCUGCGCCACGAGACCUGAGAUCGAGUGGACGGCCGUCAACCAUGGGUGGUUCAUGGAUUACUUCGUACAGGGAAGUAAAGUAGAUCCGACUACAUUGCCGUACGGCUUUUCUGGACGAUCGCCGGCGACAGCAGGACAGGGUGAGAAUGAUAAUAACAGUAAAGACAUCGACUUCUCGAUUCCGCGCUCGUACAUGCAGCCUCUCCCGGGUAUCUGGCCUCUCGACCUCGACUCGUUCACAGCAACGCGCCUGGGAACCGGGAACGAGGCUAUCGGCUGGACAUCAGCGCGCGAUGUCGCUCGCGCCCUGGUGCGACUCGUCCAAGCACCCGCCGGAUCCUGGGAGAAGCACACCUACGUAGCGGGCGAGAUAGGGACGUGGAACCGGGCCAUUUCAAAAGUGGAAAAGUUUCUUGGUCGGAAAUUUGUUGUUGUCGAUCCGCCAUCAGAAUAGCAGGAAGAUGCUUAUGACCAACUUCCACCAUUCCAUUUGCAGGAGGAUUAUCCCCUUGUCCGUAGGUUGAAUGUUAGGCUGGCUUCUUGUGGUAUAUCUUUGAGGAACGUUCUCCAUCUAUCAAAAGCGCAGGGUGUUGCUCCUAGACAUAUCCCAUUCUCCCUUGGUA